CUCAAAACGUAAACCACAGACAUUUUUGUCGUUCUUACAUAUCUCUCUCACACUAAAAACACAAAUUCUCUCGCUGCAAUUUUUUUAUCUGUACAGAAAUAAAGGAGAAAGAAAAAAACAGCAAAAAAAGUAAUAAAUAAUUAAAUUAAUUGCUUGAUUUGGUGAUUCAGGCGAUACAAUGUUGUUACGGGGGACGCUUCCGGCUUGCAAUGUCGCCGUCAGCGCCUGUAAUCAACCCCAAAAAAACAAUCAACUCUCUCAUAGUUUCUUCAAUUUCACUCCACGACGGCAAAAAUCCUUAUUAUCUGCUUCGGUUGCUCGGACCAGUUCAAUUAUGGCUGUGGCAACCAACGAGCAGAAGAAGGAAGUUGCAUAUGAGCCUAGCCUUGCUGACCGGCUUAGGCUUGGGAGCUUGACAGACGAUGGAUUGUCUUAUAAGGAGAAGUUCAUAGUUAGAUGUUAUGAGGUCGGAAUUAACAAGACUGCCACUGUUGAAACCAUCGCCAAUCUAUUACAGGAGGUUGGAUGCAACCAUGCUCAAAGUGUCGGAUUUUCUACUGAUGGAUUUGCGACAACCCUUACCAUGAGAAAAUUGCAUCUCAUAUGGGUUACUGCUCGCAUGCACAUUGAAGUAUAUAAAUACCCUGCUUGGAGUGAUGUUGUUGAAAUAGAGACUUGGUGCCAAAGCGAAGGUAGAAUUGGGACUAGACGUGAUUGGAUUCUCAAAGAUUAUGCUACUUGUGAAGUCAUUGGAAGAGCAACCAGCAAGUGGGUCAUGAUGAACCAGGACACAAGGCGUCUUCAGAAAGUCACAGAUGAUGUUCAUGAGGAGUACCUAGUCUUUUGCCCGAAAGAACCGAGCCUAAUGUCCAUCUUUGCUUCUGGUAAAGCAAGAAUUUCUGGGAGGGCACAUAGUGGAUUGUCCUUUGCUUCCAUGAGGGUUCCUUUCUUUGCUCUCCCUCUCCCUUACACCACUAAAGUUGAUGCUACCUUCUGGUCUCGAUGCCUAUCAGAAAGUAGUCCAACCGUAUCCACCUUGUCUCCUUCUCUGUUCCUAUCUUCUUGUGUAACAACCAUGACAACCAGCUUCCCAGAUGGAUUUGCCAACUCCUCCAAUACCGUUCAGGCGUUCGCCCAGUGGCGAGUGGUGCCACGAAGAGCUGAUUUGGACAUGAAUCAACAUGUAAACAAUGUGACUUACAUCGGCUGGGUUCUUGAGAGUAUGCCUCAAGAUAUCAUUGACACACAUGAACUGCAAUCGAUUACAUUAGAUUAUAGGCGUGAAUGCCAGCAUGAUGACGUAGUCGAUUCCCUCACGAGCCUUGAAUCGCUUGAGGACGCUGCUUUAGGGACUAAUGGAUCAGCUACUGCUUCAAGAGAGAUAAACAAGAGCUUCUUGCAUAUGGUGAGAUUAUCAGGUGAUGAUGGACUUGAAAUAAAUAGGGGCCGAACUGAAUGGAGAAAGAAAUUUGUUAAGAGCUGAAUUUCACAGGGCUUGCAUUUGUUGUAUUAUAUUAGGAGUAUAUUCUUCUAUUUUGUCAAUUUUUGUGUUUUAAUAUCUCCUCUUGUUUAUUAUCAGUAUCCUAUCUCAUCUUCUGUUUUUUUAAUUUUUUUUCUUUUCUAUUUCUUUCCCUGAGGACCGGGUAUAUCUUGGUUGUAUAUCUUUUGAUUGGACUGUAAUGCCAUCCCCUUUAGUUAUGCAUGUA